AUGUCGUCGCUGCCCAGGCUGUGCUGCGAUCUGGAGCUUGGGAACAAGGAGGCAGGAUUAGGCCUUCCCCUGGGGCUGGGGCUGCGUCUGCUCCACCCUGCAGCCCUUGGGAGCAGCCGCGUGCGGCAGUGGGAAGAGGCAGCUGCGGAGGCCAGCACCAGGGUCCCCGCGCCAGCGGAGAGGCUGCUCCCGGCACCAGGAUCCUGCCUCGGCUCUGUGGCCACCUGCUCCCACCCAGGCCCCCUCCAGGUGAUGGUGCCCUGCUUCGGCCCCGGGCGAGGGUCAGCGGCGCUGUCCCUGUGGGGGCGGCACUUUGUGGCCACAGACCCGUCGUCAGGGCAGGACGCCUUGGGGAGGUCACCCGUCCCUCCCCGGCUCACUGCCGCGCUUCCCUGUCCCGUAGGCAUCGUCGAGAUCCGAUCGGUGCGUGUCGGCGUCGUGGCCAUCCGGGCGGUGCACACCGGCUUCUACCUGGCCAUGAACAAGCAGGGGAGGCUCUACGGGUCGAAGGAGUUCAGCCCCAACUGCAAGUUCACGGAGCGCAUCGAGGAGAACGGCUACAACACCUACGCAUCGCUGCGCUGGCGGCACCGGGGCCGCCUCAUGUUCCUCUCGCUCAAUAGCAAGGGCAGGCCGCAGCGAGGGGGCAAGACGCGCCGGCAGCACCUCUCUACCCACUUCCUCCCCAUGCUCGUCAGCUGA